AUGAAACGUGUCCUCUGUCAGUCCGGCGUCCUCUUCGACGUGGACGGCGUCCUGCUCCGCGGCGCCUCGCUGAUUCCCGCCGCGCGCCGAGCUUUCCGGAAGCUUCUGGACCCAAACAACAACUUCCUGUUUCCUGUCGUGUUCGUUACCAACGCAGGAAGCUGUCAGAGACACCACAAGGCCCAGCAGCUGUCUCACCUUCUGGACGUCCAGAUCUGUCCGGAGCAGCUGGUUCUUUCCCACAGUCCUUUGCAGCUGAUGAAGAGUUUCCAUGAGAAGGUGGUGCUGGUGUCGGGACAGGGGCCGCUGACCGACAUCGCCCACUCUUUGGGUUUUCAGAAGGUCGUUAACGUGGAGCAGCUGAAAGAACAGCACCCCCUGCUGGACAUGGUGGAGCACGGCCCCCGACCCCCCCCCACGUCGUCUCCUCUGCCGACGUUUCCCCAAAUAGAAGCGAUCAUCCUGUUCGGAGAGCCAAUCAGAUGGGAGACCAACCUGCAGCUGCUGAUUGACGUGCUGCUGACCAAUGGGAGUCCGGCUGGCGUGCACACUCAGGCCGCGGCGCAGCUGCCUGUCCUCGCCUGCAACCUCGACCUCAUGUGGAUGGCGGAGGCGCCGUCUCCACGGUAACAAC